UCAGUUCAAGUAAAAUAUAGUCGCAGUGAUCACGAGGACAGACGUAGCCGACAUUGCCCAUACCUAGACACUAUUAACAGGAGUGUGCUGGAUUUUGACUUUGAAAAGUUAUGUUCUAUUUCAUUGUCUCACAUCAACGCAUAUGCCUGUCUAGUGUGUGGCAAAUACUUCCAGGGCCGAGGUUUGAAGUCUCAUGCAUAUAUUCAUAGUGUCCAAUUCAGUCACCACGUUUUUCUGAACCUGCACACGUUGAUGUUUUAUUGUUUGCCUGAUAAUUAUAAGAUCAUAGACUCAUCAUUGGAGGAUAUCACAUAUGUUUUGAAGCCAACAUUUACCAAAGCCCAAAUCAGUAAUCUGGAUAAACAGGCCAAGUUGUCCAGAGCAUAUGAUGGAACCACCUAUCUGCCAGGCAUUGUGGGGCUCAAUAACAUCAAAGCUAAUGAUUAUGCUAAUGCUGUUCUGCAGGCAUUAUCCAAUGUGCCCCCAUUGAGGAACUACUUCCUGGAAGAAGAAAAUUAUAAAGACAUCCAACGCCCACCGGGGGAUAUAAUGUUCUUGCUGGUUCAAAGGUUCGGAGAGCUAAUGAGAAAGCUGUGGAACCCCAGAAAUUUUAAAGCCCACGUUUCCCCCCAUGAAAUGCUGCAAGCUGUAGUUCUGUGCAGCAAGAAGAAAUUCCAAAUAACAAAGCAGGGUGACGGUGUGGACUUUCUUUCCUGGUUCUUAAAUGCCUUGAGCUCUGCUCUUGGGGGUACCAAGAAGAAGAGAACAACUGUAACAGAGGUGUUUCAAGGACAGAUGAGGAUUUUCACCAAGAAGUUGCCCCAUCCUGAUCUGCCAGCAGAGGAGAAAGAGCAGCUCCUGCAGAAUGAGGAGUACCUGGAAACCAUGCUGGAGUCUCCUUUCAUGUACCUCACUCUGGACCUCCCCACUGCUCCUCUUUACAAAGAUGAGAAAGAACAGCUGAUCAUCCCACAGGUGCCUCUCUUCAGUAUUCUUGCCAAGUUCAACGGCAUCACUGAAAAGGAGUACAAGACCUAUAAAGAGAACUUCUUAAAGCGAUUUCAACUGACCAAGCUUCCACCAUAUUUGAUAUUUUGCAUUAAGCGCUUUACAAAGAACAACUUUUUUGUUGAGAAGAACCCAACUAUUGUGAAUUUCCCUAUCACAAAUGUAGAUCUGCGGGAGUACUUGGCAGAGGAAUGCCAGACUACACACAAGUACACGACUUAUGAUCUUAUUGCAAACAUAGUGCAUGACGGGAAACCCAGCGAAGGCUCAUAUCGUAUCCAUGUUCUUCACCAUGGCACUGGAAAAUGGUAUGAGCUGCAAGACCUGCAAGUCACGGACAUUUUACCCCAGAUGAUCACCCUCUCAGAAGCCUAUAUUCAGAUUUGGAAGAGACGUGACGAUGGUGAGCAGAAUCAGGAGGGCGCAUGA